CUCCCUUCCCGCGGCCCUCGUGUGCUGCCCUAGGGGCACCCAGCCCCGACGCCUUCCUCCUGCCUUUGUCUCGGGCCCGUCGGGGUGUUCCCCGUCCUGGUAGCCCACCCUGGAUCCGGGCACACCGUGCCCGAAAGGGAGUCGCUGCCUUUCCAGCUUCUCUUCAGAUUUAUGCGUCUUAUGUCUGCUUCCUCCUAAAAGCGAACGGUGCCAGAAUCUCUUUCUUCUCUGUUAGCUCGACUGUUAGAAAACGCCUUGUUCUGAAGCAGCCUUGUUCUGAAGCAGCCGGUGCUGCCCUAACUGUUACUGUAUGGACUCUUGCUCAGUAGCAUGGGAGAAGAGGAAGGACUACAUCAAGCACAAUUACUGAGGUUAAGCAUGCCAAUAGAAACUCAGGAGGAGCGAGGAGAAACUGCCUCUCCAGUAGGUGAAAUACAGCUGUUGGGAUGGUCGCUUCUGUGCGAAGCAGCGGCUUCUGACUUCCAUCAAGUUUGGCAAUUAAUGGGAACCAGGAGCUGGGAGCCCCUGCCUCUCUCGGGUCCUCUCUCAGGUGCCUCUCUGCGAAGCCAUGACUCAUGGACCUGCUCACUCCUGGUUCCUGAGUGUCGUCUUUGGGACCCUGUCCAUGUGUUCCUGACCCCUGUUGUACCACAAUGGCCAUUCUAUAACCUGGACACGAUGUUUAUGCGAGGACUGAAAAGAAAAUGUUUUGAUGGCGAAGAAGAUAUUGAAGGAACUCUGGCUGGUAUUAAGGCUAUUCCUUCAUAUAAUCUUCAGCGACAGUCACUUUUAGAUAUGUCCUUGGUUAAACUUCAGCUGUGUCACAUGCUGGUCGAACCUAACCUUUGUCGUUCGGUACUUAUAGCCAACACGGUACGCCAGAUCCAAGAGGAAAUGACCCAAGAUGGGACUUGGCAGAUGAUAAAUAUGCAGAAUACAGGCCAGACAUCCGUGGAUCGUCUUGUUUCAACAGAUAUCCUCUGUCGCUCAUCUAGGGAGCAAGCUGAGGGAAAGCAUGUUCCAGGUUACAGUACUUUCAGUAAAGACUUUGAGGGUGACCAGGCACAAGAUAGUUCAGAAACUAUGUCAACAGCCUCUUCAGUGCAAGCUCUAAGAAACCUGCAAAGUAAUGUGUGGGAAAUGGAGAAUUCACAAGAAAAUAAAGGAAAUUUUCAAAAAUCGUUAGAUCAAAUAUUUGAGACACUGGAGAACAAAAGUCCUAAUUCAGUUGAAGACCUGUUUUCAGAAGUUGACAAUUCUUACUAUGAUCUUGAUACUAUGUUAACAGGCAUGAUGAGCAACACCAAAAUGGGACACUGUGAUGGGCUAGAACCAUUUCCCUCUCCAACAACUACAACUUCUAGCUCUAAUUGUAAAUCUGAUCUUAAUGAGCUUGAUCAUAUUGUAGAAAUCCUUGUUGAAUCCUGAAACUCCUUGCGUAGGAGAUAAAGAUCUGUUAAUGGAAAAAAAGACUCAAGAAAGCUAUUUCCACAGUUUGUUCUAUCAAAUCUGCACAUGUAUUUUACAAAUAUCUAUAUAUUAUAUAGAUAUAUAUAUUAAAAAAAAGACACUUCAUAUUGCAAAAUAGUGUUAACUCCUGAAGUUAACUUGCAACUUGUAGUGUAAUGAUCCAAUCUCUUGUCCACUGAACUGUAAGUACAUAUGGUAAAUGUUUUUAAGUAUGUGGUCCAAGGCUUUCAAAUUUGGGUUACUUCUACAAAUUUGUUCUAGCCUUUGACAGAGGAUGUGCUUAGUGAGAAGGAUUGUCUCAUCCUUCUUCUUUUUAUCAUUCUCCCACUGAAAAUGGUAACAAACACAGUGAGAAGCUGGAUAACUGGCUUCCCAUUUUCCUCCAGCUUCCACUUUGCUACGCCACAUAACUCCUAUAAUAUUUGCUGCUUCUGUUCUAAGUCGCUACAUGGCUCUUAAAGAGCAGUAUGCAAUAGUUCCCAUUAUUCUAGCUAGCUUCUUCUGGUUUUUGCUACAUUUUUUUUACUUUAAAGAUAGUUUUAAAGUGUUUAUUGGUGUUUAGAAUUUUCCAGGUAUUUUCCUAAAGUAUAUUUUUACUACAGAUGUUGUGUCAGCUGCUAACUUAGCAACUUUUGAUCAGAUCUGCAGUUGAUGUAUUUUUUGAAAGGUUUUCAAAAAGGGAUGUUUUUUUUUUUUUACUGUGAGCUACCCGAUGUAGUUCAGUAAAGUGUAUGUAAAUGUAAAUAUACAAUUUUAUACUUUACAUUAAAAUGUAAGAGCUGUUUUCAUGAUUCUGUUUUAUAGAGUAGUACUUUACUAAAUUGAGAAUUGUACUAUUAUGCUUUUUAUACCCCACAUACUUGGUUGUCGUUAGAGGAAGAGCUCUGAUCCAACUAGAGACAAUAACAUUUAAUUCAUUUCAGACCAUAUUUUUUCUUAACUACAAACCUAAAUUACAUAGGAUUUUAUUUAUGUGUAUUUAUAUGUAAAUGUCAUCAAGUGAAUUGUUUGUCACUGAAAUCUACCAUCAAAUAUUUGUUUAUAUGGGUUAACUAUCUUGCACUAAUUACUACAAAAAGUGUUACUAGCGGCCUUUAAAUCUCAACUGGUAUGUCUCCAUCUCUUGUCACGAUUAGUAUGCUCCACUCUUAAAUGAGUUUCCUAUUUUUUUUUUUUUUAAUAACAAAAGAUAAUACAACAUGG